UUGCAGCAGCAGCUGUCAGUCUCGUGCCAAAAAAAAAACAAAAACAGUUUCGGGGAUUUUUCGGUAGAUGUUUUUCGUCAUUUUCUCCAGAUUUGGAGAAAAAAAUAACAGUUUUCCAGCAAGUUUUAGUGAUUUGAAAAGUGAUAAACUAGGGCGAAAAGGCAACCAACACAAUGGACUGCACCGAGCCGGAAAAAUGUUUCACCUGCUUCCGCCGGACGGACAACUAUAUUCGUAUCACAAGUGUUAGCGCAAGUGGGGAGAAUCUGGAGGAAAUUUUCGCCAAGCACUUUUGGUUUACCAAGGAACAAUUUGUACAGAAGAUCAUUUGCGGUAGCUGUUGGGAGCGAAUCGACGACUUUCAUCGGUUUUACUGCGAGGUCGAAAAGACUCAUUGCGGACAGUUGGUGGAGGUGAAGGUGGAAGUGCAGGAGGAUGAUGAAGGCGGGAAGAAACCGGUCAUACAGAUGGACGACGACGAUGAGGAACCAUUCAAUGAGGUGUUUGCCGAAGCUUUGUGCAAAGUGGAGCACAAGGAAGUUAAGAGCUCGGAGGGAGAAGAUAGGGAAGAUGAUGACGAUGAAGAAAUGGAUGAUGAAGAGGACGAUGACGACGAUGAAGAGUUUGAUGCUGCCAAGGAUGUGAAAGAAUCUGAAUCGGAAUCGGAUCAACCGUUGGCAAAGCGAAGAGCACAGAGGAAGAAGCCGCGACGGAAAGUUUCUAGUAGUAAUACAAGGGGACGAAACUCGUAUUCAUUGCGUUGUAAGCUUUGUGACGACGAAGGAGAAGCUGCUGAUGUGUAUGCGACGUUUUAUCGACUCAAGAAGCAUUUCCAAGAGGUGCACAAAUGUCCGGCUUUCGCCAUAUGCUGCAAGCGGAAAUUUACGAACCGGGAACAUCUAUCCCGCCACUUCCGGACCUUUCACGAUAAGUCUAAGUCUAAGGACAAAAAAAUUAACGACGAAAAGAAACUGGCCAAACGGUGCGCGGAAUGUAACGUGUACUUCAAGGACGAAAAAGGGCUGGCCAAACAUCUGUUCCUAAUGCACACGCCGGACGAGCACAAGCAGUUCAAGUGUGACCUCUGCAUGAAGGCGUUUGCCGACGAGGAACUGCUCCGGAUUCAUGUUAAUUGGCAUUUCCAGGUGCAGCAAAAAGAUCACUACUGUGAACUGUGCGACCGAUACUUUGUGGGAGCUUACAAUUUGAAAACUCACAUAGAAAAGCACCAUUUUUCAAAAGUUGCCACGGAACAGGAUAAGGCUGACACGGAGCAGGAGAAAGCUGUUUCGGAUAUUCAACCAGCAGCCAACAAUGCCGAUGAUGAUGCAUCGAACGACUCGGACCAAUCGGAGUCGGAAGCCCCGGUAGUGAGCGGUCGCAAAUGGACACCGGAAGCCAUAGCUAAAGAAGAGGAAAUCAUUCACAAAGUUCUCACCCUGAACUGUAUCGUUUGCAACGAGGAAGCCGCUACGUUCCAGUUACUGAAAAAGCACUGCCGGGAGAAGCAUGGUCAAAAAUCAACCAAAGUCUUUUGCUGCGAGCGUUCCUUCGGCCGGAGAUCUCGUUUGUACGAACACUGUCUGAGUGUUCAUGUACAACCGGACGCUUUCGAGUGCGAACACUGCGGUCGACGGUUUACGGAAAGCUCCGGACUUCAACAUCACAAGUGGUGGAUGCAUACUCCCGCCUCGGAGCGACCCUUUAAAUGUGAUAUCUGCGGAAAUACUUUUAUGAAGGAGUAUCUGCUGAAGCAACACAUCCAGCGCCACGUGGAACAGGAACGUAAAUCAUUCCAGUGCAAGGAAUGCGAUCGAACCUUGUCGACCGCUUUCCAACUUAAGGCUCACAUGCAAUCCCUGCACGGUGAACCCAGCAAUUGGGUUUGUGAUGUGUGCGCCAAAGGAUUCCCCCAUCGGUCACUGCUGGAACAGCACCGUUUGGCACACACUCCCGAGGGUUUGGCCAAGAUCAGCGAGCAGUGCAAGAAGUGCAACAAGUGGUACAAUAGCCGGAAGAGUUUCGUCAAGCAUCGACGCCGCUGCGGAGUGCACGAACCGGUCAAGUGCGAAUUUUGUCCCCACGUGGCUGUCAACGAUUUGGCGAUGAAGUCCCACCUGAAGCUACGGCACACAAAUCGACCCAAAUAUCCAUGCACCUACUGCGGGAAGGAGUUCUCCCGGGAGUUGCGAUUGAAGGAACACGAAGCGAACCACGCCGGGAUCGUGCUUUAUAAGUGCGAAUACUGUCCACGUAUGUGUAAUUCAAGCUCGAAUAUGUAUACGCACAAGAAGGUGGCCCAUCCGGAACAGUGGGCCCAGAAGAUGGCCGCUCGCUAUGCACCUCCGCCGGCGGUAGCUGCAGCUGCGGCCGCAGCUGAGGUGUUGCAAUGAACUAGUGCUAAUCGAAUAUAGAUUCUAGAUUUUCAGAAGUAUAUUUAAUUUAAUGUGGAAUA